GCUCUCCUCCGACGCGCUCGUGCAUACUGCUGAACAGAGCGUCUCGGGGACUGGUAAAACUUGUUUUGUUACAACCUCUAGACUAUUGCCUACCCACUUGUGUUACCGACGGACCGAUGCCUGUGUAACAGACCUGUAACGGAGUUUGUACUGAAUGGAAUAAUAUCUCUGGCGUCCAAGUUCUGAAUCUGAUGCGGUUUUCACAAGUGUGGGAUUUGUAACACUGCGCUGGUGUGACAUCGUUCGCAUGUAAACCGAUUGAGCAGGAUUGACUCUUGGAAGUGAUCAAAAAAUGGACUACUGUUAAUUUUUUAUUCACAAUGGGAUUAAAACUAUUUAUUUUCCUCGGUUUAUUCUGCGUCACCUCAGUUUUAGGUUUCGGGGUUGAUCCUGCUCUAUGCAUCAAUGUUUUCGAUGAAUUGACGCUUGGAGAGGGGUUUGAUGGAGUUACUCAAGUCCAGGGCUUCCACAGCGAGUCUCGGGCGUUCCACUUUCAAGGUUCGUCCAGGGAGGUGAAGGCUCCUGAGGAUGUGUCUGAGCGGAUGCUCCAGAAGCUGAGGGGCCGGAGGGAGUUCACCAUUGUGGUCACCCUGAAACAGGAGCACUUCAACUCUGGGGUCAUCCUAUCCAUCCACCACUCUGAACAGAGGUUCCUGGAGUUGGAGAGCAGUGGGCAGCGCAAUGAGGUGCGUCUCCACUACCGCACCAAGGGUCAGAAGGCCCACACCGAGGUGUUUCCCUACAGCCUGGCAGACGGACAGUGGCACAAGGUUUCUGUGGCUGUCAGUGCCUCCCACAUCAUACUGCACGUUGACUGCAACAGGAUCUAUGAGAGGGUGGUAGAGAUCCCAUUCAUUGACAUCCCUGAGGACACAACCUUCUGGUUAGGGCAGCGGAGCAGCGCCCAUGGCUUUUUCAAGGGUGUAAUGCAGGACGUUCAGAUAUUAGUCAUGCCUCAGGGAUUCAUCUCCCAGUGCCCAGAUCUCAACCGGACUUGCCCAACCUGCAAUGACUUCCACGGACUGGUGCAGAAGAUCAUGGAACUGCAGGAUACCUUAGCCAAAACAUCCAGCAAGCUGUCCAGAGCAGAGGAGAUGAUGAAUAGUCUGGAUGGAUGCUACUGUGAGAGGACCUGCAGCGUCAAGGGGGUCGUCUACAGAGAGGACGAAUCAUUGACAGAUGGCUGCAGGAACUGCACAUGCACGAACGGCACGGUGCAGUGUGAGACUAUCUUCUGCCCUCCCCCUCAGUGCCCAGCGGACACCACGCCUGCCUACGUGAAGGGUGCCUGCUGCAUGGAGUGUCAACCUGUAUGCCAUUUCGGAGAGGAAGAGUUGGUGGAGGGAGAUCAGAAAGCGGUGCAUUAUAACUCUGGCAGAUGCCAGCUGUCUGAGUGCAGGGAGAGGACCAUGCAUCAGGUCGCCAUGACUAGUCCCUGUCCUGAACUUAACUGUCCAGAGUCCGAGCAGGUCACCCUCACCAACAGGUGCUGCAAAGUCUGCAGAGGUCACGACUUCUGUGUGGAGGGCCACGGCUGUGUGGAGCACUCUGACUGUGUCAACCUGGAGGCUGGGGCCUGCUGCAGCUGCAAGGACGGCUUCCGCCCGCUCCGAGAUGACAACGCAUACUGUGAAGAUAUCGAUGAGUGUGCAGAGGGGAAACACUACUGCAGGGAGAACACCAUGUGUGUCAACACCCCCGGCUCCUUCAUGUGUGUCUGCCACACGGGUUACAUCAGGAUCGAUGACUACUGCUGCACAGAGCAUGAUGAGUGUGUGAGCGGACUACACAGCUGCUCCCAGAAUGCCCUCUGUUUCAAUACGGUGGGGGGACACAGCUGCUCUUGUAAGCCGGGAUACACUGGCAACGGUACCAUCUGCAAAGCGAUGUGUGAUGGCCUGUGCCAGAAUGGAGGAACCUGCAUCUCCCCUAAUAACUGCAUCUGCCAGCUAGGCUUCACAGGGAAGAGGUGUGAGACAGACAUCGAUGAGUGUUUUCAUGGUUUCGUGGAGUGUGAUGACAAAGCCAUCUGUGUCAACUUGCCCGGGUGGUACCACUGCGAGUGUCUGGAUGGCUACCACGACAACGGCUUGUUCUCUACUAAUGGGGAGUCGUGCAUAGAUAUCAAUGAAUGCAAGACGGGGAGGAACACCUGUGCCAAUGACACGGUGUGCUUCAACUUAGAGGGGGGCUAUGACUGCAGGUGCCCUCACGGGAGGAACUGCACCGGAGACUGUAUUCAUGACAACAAAGUCAAACACAAUGGACAGAUCUGGGUGCUGGACAAUGAUAGGUGCUCAGUCUGCUCUUGUCAGACUGGCCGGGUGAUGUGCAGGAGGAUGGUGUGUGACUGUGAGAACCCGACAGCUGACCUGUUCUGCUGUCCAGAGUGUGACCCUCGCCUCAGCAGCCAGUGUCUGCACCAGAACGGCCUGCUGACCUAUGGCAGUGGAGACACCUGGGUGGAGAACUGCCAGCAGUGCCAGUGUCUGCAGGGACAGGUGGACUGCUGGCCCCUGUUGUGCCCCCAUGUGGACUGUGAAUUCACAGUGGUGCCCGAGGGCGAAUGCUGUGCCCGCUGCGUCACUGAUCCCUGCCAGGCCGACACCAUACGCAACAACAUCACCAAGACGUGCAUGGACGAGCACGGCAUCCAGCGCUUCAGCGGGUCCUCAUGGGUCAAACACAGCACCGAGUGCACCCUCUGCCAGUGCAAGAAUGGACAUAUUUGUUGCUCAGUGGACCCCAUGUGCCUUUAGUUCCUGAAGCUCUGAAGGCACCUCCCUGUACAGUGUUAUCCAUGUAAAAACAACCAGCGUUUUCCACCCUCCAGCCCAACUUCUUUAUACCAAAUACAAAAAAUUUAUCAUAGAACACAGAUGGACUACAGUACCCACAAGCCCCCUCUGUGUUCAGCCUCACCAAUCAGGGUGACCUGUGUGCAUUGAGGAACACCCCCAAAUCAUCUGCAACAUGACGCUGUAAAAUACUAUUAUACUGGCAUGAAUGUGCUCGAUGUAGAAACAUUUUGCUAAUUUCUAAACUCUUUAAAUGUCAAUUAUAUCCUAGAUAGUGGGUGUUUUAGUGUAAGUUUCAUUUGCUACACUAUUAAAGUUGUCAAUAUUUUGUGGUCCUCUAGCAUUAUUUUCUAUUCAUCUUUUACAUUUAUUUCCAGGCUUGUUAAUGUGUAAUGGUGAAUAAAGUAUUUCAAUUUACA